GCGCGCGGCCGCAAGCCCUGGGCGCCAUUUUGGACUUGGGAGUCUGGGCCGAAGCGCAGGGGGCAUCGGCGGUGGCCGCAGCUCGUGGAGGAAGUCUCUCGCGGAGAUCUGAAUCCCGCUACCAGAACGCGGACGGCGCGGGACACGGAAGGAAGGCUUCUUCUUGGGCCGCCAAAGCCGCAAAGGUGGAGCCGCGUUGGCGCCCGCCGCGGGACCAGCGUCUCGGAUGCGGGCGGAGCGCGGGGGGCCGCAGCGGCGGGAGCGCGGAGCCGGGGCCCUGGGGGGACUCAUGUGAGAGCGGCGGGACCAGCCGCCGCCACCGCUGUCCUCGGAGCACGGGGUGGUGUGUGGGGGAAGCCGCCCCCGGCAGCAGGAUGAAACGAGGAGGAAGGGAUAGUGACCAUGAUUCAUCAGAAGAAGAUACUGCGGAGAAAUCCAAGAAACUGAGGACUACAAAUGAGCAUUCUCAGACUUGUGAUUGGGGUAAUCUGCUUCAGGACAUUAUUCUCCAGAUAUUUAAGUAUUUGCCUCUACUUGACCGGGCUCAUGCUUCACAAGUUUGCCGUAACUGGAACCAGGUAUUUCACAUGCCUGACUUGUGGAGAUGUUUUGAAUUUGAGCUGAAUCAACCAGCUACAUCUUAUUUAAAAGCUACACAUCCAGAACUGAUCAAACAGAUUAUUAAAAGACAUUCAAACCAUCUACAGUAUGUCAGCUUCAAGGUGGACAGCAGUAAGGAAUCAGCUGAAGCAGCUUGUGAUAUAUUAUCACAACUUGUGAACUGCUCUUUAAAAACACUUGGACUUAUUUCAACUGCCCGACCAAGCUUUAUGGAUUUACCAAAGUCUCACUUUAUCUCUGCACUAACAGUCGUGUUUGUAAACUCCAAAUCCCUGUCCUCGCUUAAGAUAGAUGAUACUCCAGUAGAUGAUCCUUCCCUGAAAGUACUAGUGGCCAACAAUAGCGAUACACUUAAACUGCUGAAAAUGAGCAGCUGUCCUCACGUCUCUCCAGCAGGUAUCCUUUGUGUGGCUGAUCAGUGUCAUGGCUUACGAGAACUAGCCCUGAACUACCACUUACUAAGCGAUGAAUUACUACUUGCUUUGUCUUCUGAGAAACAUGUUCGAUUAGAACAUUUGCGCAUUGAUAUAGUCAGUGAGAAUCCUGGACAGACACACUUCCAUACUAUUCAGAAGAGCAGCUGGGAUGCUUUCAUCAGACAUUCACCCAAAGUGAACUUAGUGAUGUAUUUUUUUUUAUAUGAAGAGGAAUUUGACCCAUUUUUUCGUUACGAAAUACCUGCUACCCAUCUUUACUUUGGGAGAUCAGUAAGCAAAGAUGUACUUGGCCGUGUUGGAAUGACAUGCCCUAGACUAGUUGAAUUAGUAGUGUGUGCUAAUGGAUUACGGCCACUCGACGAAGAGUUAAUUCGCAUUGCAGAACGUUGCAAAAAUUUGUCAGCUAUUGGACUAGGGGAAUGUGAAGUCUCAUGUAGUGCCUUUGUUGAGUUUGUGAAGAUGUGCGGUGGCCGCCUGUCUCAGUUAUCCAUUAUGGAAGAAGUAUUAAUUCCUGACCAAAAGUAUAGUUUGGAGCAGAUACACUGGGAAGUGUCUAAGCACCUUGGUAGGGUGUGGUUUCCAGACAUGAUGCCCACCUGGUAAAGACUGCAUGAUGAAGGGCAUGAUGAAUUGCACCUUCACUUCAGGCAAAUGUAUUAUAAUAACAAUUUACUUGCUAUAGUUCUUACAUAAUUCUAUUUUGUGGCACAGAAAUUUGAUACUUUCUGCAAGUACAUAAGGGUUGUUUACUGGAAGACCCACAAAUAAUUUUGGAUUAGAAAACUCCAUUUGUUUCUUUAGCUUAAUAGCAAUCAAAUCUCUGAAAUUUUUUUUAAAAUGUAGUUCAGAUGUGAAAGUAAUAACCAGAUAUAAAGAUUAAGUAGUUUAUGGGCGGCGCCUGUGGCUCAGUCGGUAAGGCGCCGGCCCCAUAUACCGAGGGUGGCGGGUUCAAACCCGGCCCCGGCCAAACUGCAACCAAAAAAUAGCCGGGCGUUGUGGUGGGUGCCUGUAGUCCCAGCUACUCGGGAGGCUGAGGCAAGAGAAUCGCUUAAGCCCAGGAGUUGGAGGUUGCUGUGAGCUGUGUGAGGCCACGGCACUCUACCGAGGGCCAUAAAGUGAGACUCUGUCUCUACAAAAAAAAAAAAAAGAUUAAGUAGUUUAUAGUCUGAAGGAAACAAAACCUCCAUAUUAUAAUAUCCAAGAAAUAAGUACGAAUAGGUUUUCUGAAAUGUUCUCUAUGCAUUUUUUAAAAUGUAAACUUGACAUUUUAGGGUCUUCAGUUAUAUAUACACCUGUUAUAAGGUGUUUAAUAUAGCUCAGGAAAGUGAGUAUUUCAGGAGAAUAAUGUAGGGUGUAUCGUACCUAAUGAAAAAGAUUGGAUGAAUGUUCUCAAAUGUUACAUAGCAGUUUAAAGAAAAAGAGGUAUAUACCUGUAAGUAAUUGGAAUACUUAGAACUAAUUGAUAAGAUGUCACACAGUGGUUAUUGUAGAAGGGUAACACAGAGCCAAGAUCAAAUUAAAAGACAAUAAAUGGAAUAGAAGGGAGGCAGUGUUUAGCUUUGUAUAAAUGUUUAGGUUUGCUCUGUAAUCUGCUAAACCAUAUAAAUUCUUUUUUGUGAUAUGUUACUAUGUAUGUGAUACUUGAGGCAUUGUAUGUAAAGUAAGGAAUGCUUUAAUAGUUCUCCUUGGUUUUGUUUAUCUUUGUUUAAACUAGUUUUGAAGUAUUAAACAAUAAUCAAAAUGAAAAGCUUUUCUAUUUAAAAAAGCCAAAUUAAAAUAAUUAUAGAGCACAAAAAUGUUAUGUUUCCAUAAAAGAAUAUUAGUCUCUAGUAAAUUUUAGUGAUGGCUCAUUUUCCAUUUCAGAAUUUUAUAUUGUUAUAUAAGUAGAAUUUUAAGAAACCAUAAAAGGAGCACCACUGUACAGUUCAGCAUAAACAGUAAAUUUAAAAGAGGAAAAUAUUUAAGUUCAUAAUCAUUUUUUGAGUGAAUAUUGCUCAGUAAACUGGAAAAUUUUAAUAGUAAAAUGUCUACAGUUCUGUGAUUGUUAAUUUGGUUAAACUGAUAUAUUAAGUUAGGUAACAUAUUACUUUCACAUGAAUAAAGGUAAUCCAUAUAUUGUAGAGUCUGUAAAGAUGUUAAGUUUGGGGUACAUUUAUUUUUUUUUAGGUAUUACGUAAACUCUGAUUUGGGGCACUAGUGCUAGUAGAUAAUAUCCUCAUACAGGAAGUGAUUUACCCCCAGUGGAAUGUAUCAGUGCUUGAUUGGCUCUCUUCAGUAGUAUGACUUUUAAAAAGUAUCUCAGUAGUUAUGGAAGCUAACAAUCUUACAGAUCUAAUCUAUUUUUAAAAUAGAUGACCUUCCUAAAAAUAAAGUAAAAAAUGAUUUUCUACAUAAUUUAUGUUUUUCAAAAGUGAUGGUAUUUUAACCUGCAGCCACAUAUUAGAAGAAAAAAGGCUGAUGCUGACCUGAAAAUUAAAAGCAAUUAUUAUAAUAGUUCCCCUUUGUAAAUAGUAAAAAGCUUUGAUUGUAUGAGAAUUACCUGGGUAGUGAAUGGGAUUUUUUCUUUUCCUUGAAUAACUGUGGAAAAUGGAUUUGAGAGUACAUAAUCAGUUCUACUAACCAAAGCUUUAUUUGAAAUUUUACUUUUUGUACAAAUUGAAUUAUAUAAUGCUUGAAAUGCUUUUAAGUCACUUUAUAAGCAAAUGUAUAGCACUUACUUUGUUUAUACUGUAAAGUAUAUGUUAAAUGCUUUUAUCAAUUUGAGAAUAAAAAGUUACUAAUGC